AUGGAGACGCGCCGGUCGACGCGCUCGACGCGCUCGAAGCGCGCGCUCGAGCCGACGGACGACGAGAACGAGGUGAAGGAGCUGCAGCGCGCGGUGAAGCGGCUGAACACGGGAGGAGACGCGGUCGCGACGACGACGUCUGACGUCGUGAGCGGGAAUUCCACGCGCGCGACCGUCGGUAACGAGACCGAGGCGCCCGCGCUGCGGUCGCCGUCGCCGACGCGCCCGCCGAUGGACGAGCACGAGCCGAUGAGCGCGGACUCCGGGCCCGGAUCCCUCGGCGCGGGGACCACGUACGCGGAGAUAAACAGCAUGCUGCGAGGGCUGCACUUCGCGCGGUUGGAGCGGCACCCGAUGCCGCCGACGUGGCCGGACGAGAAGAUCCCGGACGAGGGGAACGAGACGUGACGCGACGACGUUCGGUUCGCGCGAUUAGGAUAAGAUUAGGACACGAUAGCCCGCUCCGCACGC